UUUCAACAAAUUGUAUUUGGGGAAAGGGUUCUAUGGGAUUUUGUCUUGUAAUAAAUGAGAUGCUUCAUUCAUGGCCUCAGAGCUUUGAUAUAAAAUGCUACUGUUUCUAUCAUUAGGAAUCACUUUAGUCCAGAGGAUCAGAAAAAGAAGUGUGAACAAAUUUGCCAGAUGAAAGAACAAAAGCUGGGAAACCUCAAUGGGAUUCUAAAUGCAGAAAGUGUAGUUGAGAGAAAAAAUGAUGGAAUUUUGGAGACAUCCACUGGUUUUAGUACAGCAGAAAUGUCAAGCCUUACAGCGCUCUGUAAUGCUUUUUUUCCCUCUCUGCCUUUAGAAGCUACUGGUCUUGUACUGGAUAGCUCAGAUUUCAGUAAGGAUGUCGAGGAAUUUUAUAGGGCUUCUUUGCCAAACGGGUGGAGCACCUUUGAGGUUGCUGAAACCAUGAAGAAUGUGCUCAAACCUGAGGACCUUAAGAUCCUGAGGACAAUUCUGUGGUUGCUGUCUACAUCUUUGGGAACCUUUUUGCUUGCAGGAAGGCAGUCUUUCGCUACAGAGUUUCCGUUUGUUCAAAGGUUUGGGAAUUUGCCUCUUGAGAAACGAGAGAAAGUGCUUCUUGACUGGUCUACUAGUUCGUUCUCCUUAUUCAGGACUGUUUUCAAAGCUUUCAAAAUCGGCAUAAUGUGGAAUCAUUUCACCAGAGUCGAUGAGAAGGGGCACAACCCCUUCUGGAAAGCCAUAAAUUACUGCGGACCCGAUCCAGUAGCCAUGACCGCACAACUUUCCCCCAAGCCCCUGGAAAGCUCAGUAAUAGACAUAUCUGCCUUAUACGGAGAUGAAUUACUCUCGGCUCUGAAAAGCCAUGGAUGCAAAUUAACAAAUCCUUCCGCCCUUGCUGCUCUUACAAAUGUGCAGUACUCACCGAAAGAUCAUGCAAUUGAAUGCGACGUAGUCAUAGUGGGCUCAGGCUCCGGCGGCGGGGUUGCAGCCGCGGUACUGGCAAAAGCAGGCUUUAAAGUCCUUAUCUUGGAAAAAGGAACUUACAAGGCCCGCCAUGACUUGAACCUCUUGGAAGGCGUGUCCAUGAGAGAUUUGUACGAGGAGCGAGGGUUUAUGAGUACAGACGACAAGAACAUGGUCAUACUGGCUGGCUCUACUGUAGGCGGCGGCUCUGCAAUCAACUGGUCUGCCUCGUUUCGAACUCCCGACCAUGUGCUCCGCGACUGGACCCAAACCCUAGGGCUUGAAAUGUUCGGGAGCCCUAGAUACAGCGAGGCCAUGGAUCGAGUCUGCGAGAGGUUGGGCGUCCAGGAGGACUGUGAAGAGGAAAGCUUCCAGAAUGCUGUGCUGCGGAAAGGCUGUGAAGCAUUAGGGUACCAUGUGGGGAACAUUCCAAGAAAUGCAGCGGCAGAUCAUUACUGCGGAUGGUGCAAUUUCGGGUGCAGGAGAGGAUCGAAGCAGGCCACUUCUGAGACGUGGCUCGUCGACGCCAUUAACGCCGGCGCCGUCAUACUCACCCGUUGCUCUGCGCACAGGGUUCUGCACACACCAAAUUCAGGCCGCAAGGGCAGAAAAGCGAUUGGAGUGGUAGCCAAAAUCGGAGGCACCGAGAGACAGGUGUUCAUCAGGGCUCGAGCCACGGUAAUCGCCUCCGGUGCAUUGCAGACGCCUCCGUUGCUCCACGCCAGCGGCCUGGAAAACCCUCACAUUGGCAAAAACCUGCACCUGCAUCCCGUCCAAAUUGUGUGGGGAUACUUCCCUCCAGGCGUUGCAGCAAAAGGGACAUGUUACGAAGGCGGAAUCAUGACGGCCUUCUCAAAAGAGACCGGUGGCUGGGACACCACGGGCUACGGAGCGAUCUUACAAACCCCAAUUCCGCACCCGGGGUUCUUCGCCAGUGCUAUACCGUGGCGUUCCGGGUCCCAUUUCAAGCAAACCAUGCUCAAAUUCUCUCGAACUUGCAGUUUCAUUGUUCUGCUUCGCGACAGGGGCAGCGGAACAGUUGCGGCCAAGGCGGACGGCAGCCUGGACAUUAAGUACAAGCUUCGAUCGGAUGAUGAGGAACGGGCCAGGGAAGGUGUGGAGAAGGGGCUUCGCGUACUGGCGGCUGCAGGGGCCGUUGAGGUCGGAACCCACCAUCAGGAUGUUGAAAGCUUUAAGCUUCGCCCUGAUUCCAGCUGUAUUCAUGAUAAGGAUUUUGAUGAGUAUGUGCGCAGAGUUGGGAAGAAAGGCGGCGCACCCUUGUAUUGCGCGCAUCAGAUGGGGAGUUGCAGAAUGGGAAUGAGUUCGGCAGAGAGCGCGGUGGAUGAAAAUGGUGAGAGUUGGGAGGUGGAGGGAGUUUAUGUUGCAGAUGGAAGUGUUCUUCCCACUGCAUUGGGGAUCAACCCCAUGAUCACCAUUCAGUCUUUCGCCUACUGCAUUGCUCACAAUGUCGUCAAUUAUCUCAACGAAACUUGAUCCUGGAUUUAACAUUCGAAUGGUAGUAUUCUUGAAGUAGAGGUUAGAAGUUCAAUUUCUAGAUUUAACAUUGGAAUGGUAGAGAAUUUGUAUUUUUGAAAGAGAGGUUAGAAGUUCAAUUUCUAUUCUAUAGAAUAUGUACAUCUUAUAUUUGUACGCCUUAUAUUUGAAGUAGAGUGAGGUGCUUGGAGUGUAUUUGAAGUAGAGUGGGGUGUUUGGAGUAGAGGAAAAUAAAUCACCUUUUGUUGUUUUCA